UGGAAGAAAUGUCCAUCUGGGUUCAGUUCCAAGUGGGGAGAAAGACAAUGGAAACAUGGAGACUGCUUGAAAAGAUGGUUUAAUGGUGGACAGGACCACAUGGUUUGAGGUCCUGGGCAAAAAGGCACAUAGGUCUAGUUCAGGUAGCUGCAGAACGGCAGACUAGGCAAAGAUGCUGUUACUGGUAGUUUUGUGCUGGCUAUUGGGACUGACAUCUCUGAAGCAGGGGGGUUCAGCUUCUGCUACCUUCCUCCCCUCCAUGAACACACUGAUCCAGAAGAUUAACAACCUCUUCGAGCAAAGUCGGGAAGUGCUGGGGAAAGACCAAUUUGACACUCCAGUUGACAUCGAUAAGUUGCCCCCCAACUACCAUCAUGAGGAGAAUAAGCAGCGGAAAGUGGGAAAUUCCACUUUUUUCAGACACUAUGAAAUCAAUAAAAUGACUGAUAACGAUACAGGUGAUAUGAUGUUUUCAGAGAAAUCUUUGACCUCUAUUGAGCAAAAAGAGAUUUAUACAAAGGAGGAGGACAAUAAAUCAACGUCUAAUGAAGAAGAAAGCACUGCUGAGCCAGAGACAACAACUGCUGGGCUUAAGAUCUUCAAGCUAGGUUUCCCUCAGCUUCGGCCAAAGCUAACUUUUCUUAUUUUUCGCUUGCCCCAGCAUCAGAGUCAGCAGAUGUCGGAAGCCAAACUGGUAAAAGAAGAGCCAAUCAGUGAUAAGAGGCACAGAUUGCUGGCCAUUCGGAAUGGGCUUUUAGCAGCUCCUCAUCCAAUUAAGAAGGCCCUGCCUGUGACUCCAAACCACAAGGUCACUCCACGAAAGCGUCAUUUCUUUUUCUUCUGGAGGAAAAUAUAAGGCAUUAGAAACAUAUGAGGCAUUGGGAAAACAUAACACCUAGGCUAGUGGAAAAUGUUCUAGCUUCCCAAAUAUUUCUAUUGUCACAUCAAAAGUUUAAAGUGAGA